UCCAGACUGGGGUCCAGCAGCCGGGCUUUACUGGUUCAUACUUUAAACUACAGAGCAGUACUGAACCGGGUCCUGUACUCUAUAUAAUUACUGUACUGUAACAGGACGGUCUACAGACUCUCUGACUGAGUCCUAAUGGGGUUUCAGUCUGACUGAAACCUGAAGCUCCAACUCUGAUUUAUUAUUUUAUAUAUUUUUAUAUAUUUUUAUGGAUUUAAUCACAGCCCCCCAGCCUCUCCACCCGGCCUAGAGAGGAUGCACUCACAAGGAGUGAUGGUGAAGUCCUCCCCGACGCCUCCCUCGUUCCUGCGGGUCAGUGAUAAGGACCUGACGGAGAUCGAGCUGCACUCUGUCGACUCCAUCAGUGAUCUGCACCGCAUCCAUACCGAGCAGCACAGCAAAGGCGUCAGACCCCCCCGUCCCCGCCCUCCCUCCACUAAUGGAAAUAUCCAGAUGCUGGAGAGGCCGGUGGUGUUUCAGACGGGUCAUCAGAGGAGAAGAUCUCACCUGAAUCAGCUCAGUGACGUCUGCAAUCCCUCUAAACAGCGCUACUGCGUUACCUGCGCAGCCGUAUUCCUCAUCCUGCUCACUCUCAUCCUCAUUUUCUCUUUCUUAGUUCAGCAGAGUGGGGCUCUAAACAGGUUAUCUGAGGAGGUGAAGCACAGCCAGGAAACAGCUGAGGAACUCUCUGCCCUUAUUCAGGAGCUGCAGGCCCUGUGCCGAAACCUGACCUUCAGCAGGAGCACACCCUGACCACCUGCUGACCUCACGCUGACAUCACACUGACAUCAUAGCUAAUUCAGCAACAGCUACUUCCCAACCAAUCUCAAAAACAGCAAACUCUAUAAACUCUAUAUAUUCUAUAAUAUACAGGUGUUGGAGAAUGAAACUGAAACACCUGUCAUCAUUUUAGUGUGGGAUUUUAGGUUUCAUGGCUAAAUUGGAGCAGCCUGGUGGUCAAUCUUCAUUAAUUGCACAUUGCACCAGUAAGAGCAGAGUGUGAAGGUUCAGUUAGCAGGGUAAGAGCACAGUUCUGCUCUAAAUAUUACAAUGCACACAACAUUAUGGGGGACAUACCAGAGUUCAAAAGAGGACAAAUGGUUGGUGCACGUCUUGCUGGAGCAUCUGUGACCAAGACAGCAAGUCUUUGUGAUGCAUCAAGAGCCACGGUAUCCAGGGUAAUGUCAGCAUACCACCAAGAAGCACCAACCACAUCCAACAGGAUUAACUGUGGACGCUGUAAGAGGAAGCUGUCUGAAAGGGAUGUUCGGGUGCUAACCCGGAUUGUAUCCAAAAAACAUAAAACCACGGCUGAUCAAAUCACGCAGAAUUCAAUGUGCACCUCAACUCUCCUGUUUCCACCAGAACUGUCCAUCUCCACAAUCAAUUACUGUGCUCUAAAACCAGGUGUUUCAGUUUCAUUCUCCAACACCUGUAGAUAAACAGUGUGACAUCACUAUAUACUGAGCUUUCUGCUGAACUGUAAUGGAAUACCUGGAUGGAGAUCAUCUUCUGAGAUACUGGGCAGCUGCUGACCUACUUUUGGGAUUUUGGAGUUCAGUGAGCUGCUACAGCCAAAGAGGAGGAGCUUAAUAGCUACUACAAAAAGGACUACAUCAGCAGCGGGAGUGUGAGAGAGAGAAUACAGUAGGUUAUGCUGGUUGGUACAGGCACUGAUUGGCUGAAGCUAAAAAAGAGGCGGAGUCUGACUUACCCUCAUUAAGUUGUGAAAACCUUUUGUUUUGUGGUCACAAUGUUAACAGUAUUAUAAUUUAAUGUGUUUUGAAAUAUAUUUGAUGUGCUCUAUUGUCACAAUGUUACCCAGUCAUGAGGUUGUGAGAACACUGUAUAAAAACAACCUUAGAACAAAGUGCAAAUAAAACACAGUGUUUGGUGGGGUAUUUGAAUAAAGUAAGUAUUCAUGUUUUUUAAAAACCCUUUUAAAGACCCUUAUUUACAUAUUUUGUCAAUGUCUGCAAAAAUGCACUGAGAUGCAAGAUUUUUGCAGUUCUGAUAUUUUUUUUAUCCAAUUUUUCUUUUUAAAUGCACAUUUUAACUUUGUUAUUCUUUUUUUAUACUGUGACCAAAGCUGAUUUAAAAAACAAUACAUCAACUCACUAGGGCUGUGCAAUUGGCAAAGAAUUGGCUUACAAUACAAUAAAUAAAUCACAAUAUUGCGAUACUGUAAGAAGGGUCAAUAAUUGCAAUAAUGUCAUUAAAUUUGAGAAAAAAUGAAUAAUAACUUAUUUUUAAAACUGUAAAAUAAAGUUUUUAUAUUUUUUUUUAAUUCAGUCAGGACAGCAAGAUAUAAUGAAUAUGAAUAAGAAUACAACAGUGUCCUCUAGUGGGCGGGGUUUUUAACACAAAGCUAAAUGAACCACUUCUGACACCAAUCUAACUAAAAAUACUAAUCUAAACUAAUAAUUAAA